GAGGGACAGAGAGGGACACAAGCAUAACCCUGCGACACUAAGAUAACCUGGAAAAAAAGGCCCAGGCCUGCAGGAGCUGAUGGACAGCUGUCAGUCGGAUCUGAUGCAGCACCAUUCAGUUGAUAAACCAGAAUGAGAUAAGGUCACAGUCUAUCAAUGAUUUACGAAUUUUAUAGAUCUACAGUCUGAAGAAAUGACAGACAUCAUGAAACAGACAGACAGACUGUCCCUUCAGUCUCUGCUCAGACCACUCAGUGUUUUGUUGCUCCAGCUUCUCUUCACACACUUUUCUAAAGGUGAAUCUCAGUUGAUUGGUCCACCUCAUUCAGUAGUAGCAGCAGUUGGAGACGACGUCAUUUUGCCAUGUCACCUGGAACCUGUGAUGGAUGUUACUGCAGAGACAUUGGAGUGGAAGAGAUUUGACCUCAAACAAAGAUUUGUCCAUGUGCUGCGUGCUGGUCAGAACCUCGAGCAUGUAAAAAAUCCGUCCUACAGAGGAAGAACAUCACUGUUUACUGAUGAACUGAAGAGAGGAAACAUUUCACUCAAACUCUCCAAAGUACAACUCUCUGAUCAGGGAAUAUAUCACUGUGACAUUCCAGAACUGGGAAAACAAUCUUCAGUUAAGCUUGUUGUUGCAUCAGGUGCUGUUUCCCCACCUGUCAUCAGUUUAGCAGGAAUUGACAGAGAGAGAGGAGAGGUGAUUUUAAACUGCGAAUCUAAAAGCUGGCAUCCAGAGCCUGAGGUGUUGUGGCUGGACGGUGAGGGAAAGCUCCUCUCUGCUGGACCUACAGAGACAGUCAGAGGUCGUGAUGACCUCUAUACUGUCAGCAGCAGAGUGACUGUGGAGAAGAGACACAGCAACAGCUUCACCUGUAGAGUCCAACAGAGGAACAUCAACCAGACCACAGAGACACACAUCCAGGUUCCAGAUGAUUUCUUUAAGAGACCGAGAGACGCCACAGGGAUGAAACUGAAGAAGAAGGAAGGAGGAAUCACUCUGAAACUAACAGAACUGAAGAUCAGCUCGCUACUGAAGAGGAAAUGA